AUGAACUCCUUUUUUGUAAAAGAGUCCUCAACUAUUACACAUUUGGCAAGUAACCCUAAUCUUACCUUUGAAGUUAUUUUAUCAAACAGCAAAAGUCUGCUGGACAAUUUUAAAAACAAAUGUUCCAAAUUGUAUUAUACAAACAUCGACACGUUAAAUUACAUUUUUCGUGACUCCCUAAAAGUUAACAAGGAAGCGAGAAACGAUGCUGUAGCUGUAGUGAAAUUACCACAGUCGGUUCCAGCAAAGGAACCCAUCAGAUUUUUACUAGCUUUUGAUAGAAUACGAUAUGCGUACAACUUGGGAAAAAUAUUAAACACGGCCUACUCCAUGGGUAUUGAUUACCUCUUUUAUGUUCACAACACUGUGGAUCCAUUUAACCACAAAGUUGUCGAAUUGACCAAAGGAUCACAUUUUCAAAUUCCUUACCUAUUCGGCUCAUAUGUAGAGCUAAGACAAUUCUGUGAUGCACAUAAUUUGCUUCCAAUUGUGGCUCAUACGAAUGGAAUGAAUCCAGUUCAUAUUUUAAAAGAGACCAGCGAACAAGGGAAGGGAGUGUGUCUCAUCUUGGGGAAUGAAUCCACUGGCCCACACGCGGACGUGUUGAGCUUCGCAAAACCGAUAAGUUUGCCCAUGCACGAAAUGACCAACUCUUUAAACGUCUACGUGGCAGCAAGUAUUUUAAUUCAUUACUUGAAAUGCAUGGCGUAG